AAUUAGCCAAAUUUAAGGAGUGAAAUAAUUUCUCUUUUUCCAUUUUAAUUCUCUUGCCAAUUAUUCCGACAUAUCAUGAGAAUUUUCUUUCAGAAAUCCACAAAGAAAGCUAUUUCUAGUUUUCAUUUAUUCCCAAAGCUGAAUACUCGGUCGCAACUCAGUCACUCCCCUUCUCUAAUUCAUACACCGCGUUUCCCAUUUUCUCCGUUGCACUCACUGAGUCACCAUCCUGUCUUUUGUCAUCUUCCAAAUGCAAAACUCCUAUAACCAUCGGAGGGGACGCCAAGCCCCACCGCGGAAGAUCGUUCCCUUGCCGGGCCAGGUGUCAUUUCGUGUAAUAUGCCACGCAUCAUCCAUCGGAGGACUCAUCGGGAGCUCCGGCGCCGUUGUUUCUCAACUUCGCCGCGAGACUUCCUCUAGAAUCCACUGCGAAGAAUCUGUCGGCGGGUCAGAUCACCGAGUUAUAUUGGUAGUGGGGUCGGGAUCGGUCGAAAGACAGUUUAGUUUGGGUGAGGGAGAAGUAUGUUACGUUUCUUGUGCUCAGGAAGCAAUGAUUAAGGUCUUCCAGCGCGUGUGGGAAGUGGAAGCGGAGAGAGAGUGGGGAAACGCGUGCGAUGGUGAGGAUGAAGAAGCUUACUGUGGUGUGCUGGCUGAGACGGCACAAAUUGGUUUCGUUGUGGGGAAAGGAGGGAAGAAUAUUGUGAGAAUGAGGACAGAGAGUGGAGCGAAAAUUAGGAUUUUGCCGCCGCCGCCAUGCGGAAGAAAAAUUGAUCAGUUAAUUCAGAUAACUGGUGGUACUUUGGCUGUCAAGAAAGCGCUGGUUGCUGUAUCUGGCUAUCUUCAAGCUUGCCCAUCCGCGGACAAAGAGCCAACGCAGAUGAGUAUGCCUACUGAGCAACCUUCACGUGGAACCUCCCCUAAUUCAGGCGAAGAACUUUUUCCGCAUCUUAGUUCGCUUUUCCCACCCAUGCUUGAAAAUUUGGUGAGAGGUGUUUCUAAUGCCAACUUUUCGUUGGUGGUUGGUGAUGGAGAUCCCAAAUCGGAUUCAGAUCGUACUCAAAAAGUUGUCUUUAGAAUGCUUUGUUCCAAUGGUGCUGCUGGGGCCAUCAUCGGCAAGAAGGGUGCCAUUGUCAAAGCUUUGCAAAAUCAAACUGGUGCUUCUAUAAUGUUUGAGUCCCUGGAAACCGAUCAUCGUGAUCGUGUUGUCACCAUUUCUGCCUUGGAGAACCUUGAAUCACAGUAUUCUCCUGCACAAAAUGCUGUUGUUUUUGUAUUUGCAAGAUCCGUUGAAGCUGACAUUGAGAGAGGAUUUCAGUCAGUCCUGAUUAAGGGCACUCCUGUGACUCUUAGGCUUCUAGUUGCUUCCAACAUUGUCCACUGCUUGAAGGACAAAGAAGGUAGGGUACUUUUUGAGAUUGCAGAACUCACUGGCGCUGACAUACAAGUCUUGGUUGAGGAGCUAUCACUGGGCCAUUCUCCGGAGAAUGUAGUACAGAUUACUGGCAACUAUAAAAGCGUGCAGAAUGCCAUCUUUCAAGUUACUAGUAGACUUAGGGAUAAUCUCUUGCCACGUGAAGUGCUGAAUGAAAAUAGAGUGAGCAACUGCUACGGAGAAGUAACGGAGACAGGUCCGUCUCAAGUUCUCCAACCAACAAGCUCAAUAUUAGAUAAUGAUAAUGGACCUAAUUUAGCUCAAAGAUUGCACACUGGGCACUCAGAAAAUACUUCUGGUCCUCAGCCAGUAAAACUGCAACCACAAGAGGCUGCAGGAAAUGGGAAUAUGGUUGCCAUCCAAGGUGUUCAUCAUAGCUCAACUACCUCGGGAGGGAGCUUUGACCUUGAGACGUCUCUUGAUUCUCUACUUCCAUGUGAUAUGCUCAAUGAAGUGGGAGGCCCAAGCCCCUACAACAGAGGGAGUGAGACUACUUUUUCUGGUUUGGUUCAAUCUUUAGAUGUGUCUCCUGCUUCUGAUGAAGAGAGUGCUUUAACAAGAGCAAUGGGUAAUAUUGAAUUCUUUGAUGGUGUAGACUGUCCGACAAAAUCUCGGCUAUUAGAGACUGUUGAAAGACAUGAGCUGGCCAAUGGAGAUGAUAAAGGGUGUCUAGAACUUGAAAGCGGCAAGAAAUCUAGUAUUGUGAAAAAUACAGGUGUGGAGAUUGUAGUUCAUGAAGAUGCUUUUGACUCGAUCUACGGCAAAAAUGGCUGCAACCUUGCUCGUCUCAAAGAGUGGAAAAUCAGAUCUCAGGUGCAAAGGUUGAAGUACAUGAACCUUGUGGUGGUGAAAGUGAGGGGAGGGUGUUGAUAUCUGGGACUCCAGAUCAAACCCUUAUAGCACAAAGUUUGCUGCAAGCCUUCAUCCAAGCCAACCAGAAUGCAUGAUUCCUUGUAAAAUCCUUGUAGAGUAUAGAAGUGAAAUUGGUAUAAUUUAAUAGACAUAACAAAUAGAUAUAAACAAAGGAAGGUAGUUGUGGAAAGAUUAAAGAAGAAGAGUUCCUGUUUGUUGGAAAAUGUAGUUAAAAAGGAAUUUUGGAAUGAAGUACCCAAUAUUUGAUCUUUCCUGAGUGAACUAGUUUGAUUUACAAGUAGCAGAUAGUGAUGACUCAUACCGUUUAUUUAGAUUAAAUCCCAAUGAAAAAGCAUUCAAGGGUAUCCUAAAUUUGGUUGUA